CUUUGGAAAGCUCUAUUCAUGCCUACUAGGCACUUAGAAAAUAUUGGGGUCAUGCCGCAUAUUGGCCGCAGGCGUGUUCGGCCAUUACCAGAUAAGCUUUCUAGGUAUUUCUGUUACAUCGGCAUUCUAGCAAUUUGGAUAUUGCUCCACUUUGUCUCGUGUUACGGAGCUAAUUCAACAGUUGUGUACUCAGCUGGCGAGCUCCUUGCAGCGCUGCGGGAUCCCUUAAUUACACAAAUUGCCAUAGGCGGAGGUAUCGUCUACUUCGACUCAUCUUUGUCUGCUAGCAAUGGCAUUGUCAUAGGGCCGAACCGCCAUGUGGAGCUUGUAGGGAAUGUCAGGCCAGCCCAAGCAACAAACGGCAGCAGCUCCAGAUCAGUCCUUGCAUACGCAAGUGGCAUCGACUUUGGAACAGCUUCAGGAUUGUUUCGGCUUGCUGACAACACCACCCUCGAGUUCCGCGACCUUGUCUUGUGGCACAGUCUUUCACAACUGGGCUACGACACUCAGGUCAUCACCCUGCAGCAACCUAGUGCAAGGUGAGACUAGGAUCGCAAGACUGGGAUCCCGUAUCCCGGGCUGGAGCUAAGCGACAAAAGAGGGCGUGUGUACGGUGUUCACAGCGUUUAAACACGCCAGGGCAACCUUGCAAUUCACCCGUACGAUCAAAGUACGGGACGCUUGCCUUCCCUUGCAAAUCUUCGUACAGCACGUGAUGUCGUACACUCGGCUGCCGGACAGUCCCGGUCAGCAGGCGGCUUCCGUACAGCCCUUCUGCUACAAGCUGCCGUCCGGCUCGGCCUUGCCGCCAACCCUGGCAAACGUGACCACGACCUCCGAUAACGUCACUUGCUUCCCGGAAGUGCUGGCAAUCGAUGACCUGGCUACCACCAUCACGCGAUCCAACAGCUUGUCGUACAAUCUGUACGAGCAGAACAGCACGUACUGGUGCCGGGCGUACGUAAGCAUGUCAUGCCUCAGCGCGAGCGGCCCGGAGCAAUGCGUCAAGGACCUCCUUGCAACCAUGAACAACAGCACAAACAGCAGCAGCAGCAGUAAUACUAGCCCGUCGCCAUCCACGAGCGGAAGUAGUAGUACUAGCGGCACAGGAGACGGAGGAAACCGCUACACCAACAUCCUGCUGCCGGCGGUGCUUACCGGUGUCAUGACCCUGUGCUUCCUGGCAGCCACCGUGUGGUGUAUCCACCGGCGGGGUCGCAUCCGCCGGGGCAGCUCCCUGGCAGCCAUGGGAGGGGGCGUUGGUGCGGACGUGGAGGGACAUGUAGCAGCCGCAGGAGGAGC